AGGACAGGAGAGCAGCGCAGCCUCGCUCAUCUUGGUUUAGCUUAGCUUCUUUUAGCUUGAUUCCUCCCUCCCUUCUUGCCUGCCUCCUCUCUCCUUCUCUCCCCCCCUCCGUAUCGUCCGUCCGUCAGUCAAAGCUGAGCUGCCUCCGCCCUCCGCCUCCAGUUCGUCGCCCGCCCGCCUGCCAGCCUUCCAACCAGCUCACUUGUAGGCUGUCAAGAGCUCCUUUCCACCGUCCGCGAGUCCCCCCGGCCACCCCAGCAGCGUGAUUUCGACGCCCUGUGGAGAAAAUGGCCAGCAGACCUCACCCUGUCAACGCAGCUUUCCUGCCGCCGACGCACGGCGUGCUCAAGUCGCUGCUGGAGAACCCGCUGAAGCUGCCCUUCCGCCACGACGAAGGUUUCAGCAAGGACAAGGAGAAGAAGUUGGAGGAUGAGAGCGGCGCGGCGAACCCGCCACAGUCAGCCUUCCUGGGGCCGACGCUUUGGGACAAGACUCUGCCCUACGAUGGCGACAACUUCCAGCUGGAGUACAUGGACCUGGAAGAGUUCCUGUCUGAGAACGGCAUUCCCGCCAACACGGCGCAAGGCGACCACCAACAACAACAGCAGCAGCAGCAGCAGCAAGUGCCCCCGCCCCCUCAGGCCCCGCAGCCCCCCGUGGCGGCCCCCUCGGUGGUGGACCUGAGCAGCCAUGCAACCACCCCGGCGCACAGCGGCGUGCCGUCACAGCAACAGCAGCAGACGUGCUUGCGCAGCCCCAACGCCACAGCGUCGCGCGACACGCCCAGCCCCAUCGAUCCCGAGUCCAUCCAGGUGGCGCUGAGCUACGAGCCCGACCCGGCCGACCUGGCGCUGUCCAGCGUGCCGGGCGGGGCCGUCUUUGACCCGCGCAAGCACAAGUUCUCACCCGAGGAGCUCAAGCCGCAGCCCAUGAUCAAGAAGGCCCGCAAGGUCUUCAUCCCCGACGACCUCAAGGACGACAAGUACUGGGCGAGGCGCAGAAAGAACAACGUGGCAGCCAAGCGGUCGCGGGACGCGCGGCGGCUGAAGGAGAACCAGAUCGCCAUUCGGGCGGGCUUCCUGGAGAAGGAGAACGCCGCCUUGCGCCUGGAGGUGGCCGACCUGCGCAAGGAGCUCGGCCGCUGCAAGAACGUCGUGGCCAAGUACCAGGCCAGGCACGGGCCACUGUGAGUCCGCCCCCUCAACUCCACCCACCGCACACCGCCCCUUUAAGGACUAUGUCGUCAUCACCCAUCUCUCUCUCACUCACACACACACACACACACACACACACACACACACGCACACACAAUCAAGCCCCUUUCACGCUUUCCGCGUAGCGCGCAGUCAGUAAAAGUCACACGCAACGCGGUCAAACAUUCCGUAUUUGGAAAGUCUAAUCUUACUGCACUCUGUUCUGUUUUAAUUUGGGGGGGUUUUUUUGCAAAAUUUUCUGGUAAAUUUUGGAGAAAAUUCCAGCGCGUUUCUGGAAAUUGUUCAGUACAUUUCUGGAAAAAUUGACAGAAAAAUUCCUGAAAAUGUUCUGUCAAUUUUUAGCGAAUUUUCUGAUAAAUUUCUUAUAAAUGCACGGGACAUGUCUGAAAAUUUGCCUGUUCGUGCCUGUUAAAUAUUUGGUCAAUUUCUAUGAGAAUUUAAGGAGGGUCAUUUGGGAAAUAUUCUAAAAUUGUAGAUAUAUCUAUAAAAAAUUUCUGAAGCUUCAUUUGUAGACAUUUUCUGAUAAAUUUCUGCAAACUGUCUGUGAAUUUGUGAACAUUUUCGAGGCAGUGUUUACAAGUUACUGGAAAAGUAAUUUUGGGGGAUCUUUGUGAAGUUUUCAUUCGAAUUAAGUAUGACCAGAGGGUCUUUUAAUACAAAGUAAAGCAUCAUAAAUCUCGCAUCAUUUAUAGCCAUAGGCUUGGAAAAAAAAAUGUCACCCGCGUGUGAGCAUUGCAAUACCUUACUGGCUAAUUUUUUAAAAUGAUUAUUCGCUGGAGCAUAAGCAUAGUUGAAGCUUGCGCAUAACUCAUAUUUUUCAUUUGCAACACAAAUUAAAAAAUGCUCCAAGUCGUAACUUGGAACUCUAAAACUUAAAUGUUGGGACACUCUUAGAUUAAAAAGUGCCACUUUAACUAAAAUGUUUUGGGGGGGUUUCGCGGUUCCUUACGAGGAUGUCACCUUCAAUUUCGAAUGUUUUGGAUUUUUUUUUUUUUUUUUUUUUUUAAUUAUCAUGAAAGGUUUCCAACUUUGACAACUCCUGGAGUGUUGCAGCAUUCAUUACGAUGAAUUGUGCCGCAGGCCGCUUUUCUUGUGAAACAAGUCGAAGCGCUUUGUUGCCCUCGUCGUUCGUAUUCUUAUUCGCAUUCGUCGUCUGCAUGAAGCAGAAACGUCCCUUCUACUUUUGUAUUUUUUUGACCGUCAACCACAAUAUGAAGGCGCGAUUUUCCAGUCGCGUCAAGACUGGAAAACCAAAAUGCUAACGGUUGACAAUCUCAUGAACUCUUUUGUAUCAGUGACUUUUCACACACGAGCAACAUGUCAAACUAAAUAGGGUGAAAGGGGCUUGACAAAUUGUUUUCCCUUUUUCUACGCCCCCGCCCUCCCCUCCAUCACCGCCGCGUCAAAGCCAUCACAAUGAGGACGUAUUCCACGGAUGACUUUUUUUUUUACCUUCUACUACUACUACCUUUUGAUGUUUUUAACCACCAGCUGUUCUCCAUUUUGAAUUGGUCGACAACUUCCCUCUUCCGAAAAAAAAACGCGUUUGCAAUCUUUCUCGGUUUUUUUUUUUUUGUUUUUCCGCCCUCAUUUCAAUUGCCGCUUGUUUUUUUUUUCCAGCAUGAUUCCCCCCCCUCCCCCAUUUCUUUGAUUUCUUGGGGAAAUGUUAAUCCCCCCCACCCCCGCUUGUGUUGAACGUAGCAUGUACCCCCCCGAGUCGUGACCUUUGACCCCAUGUGGAAGAGCCCCGCCCCAAUCCUCCCCCCUUAGUGUCUGCAUCGCCGGCGCCGCCGCCCGUCUGGCCGACAAGACGGUGGCAUGAAUGUAAAAGGAGGAAAGUGUUUAUUUUUACUUUUUCAGGGGGUUGGCGGACUUGUUUGUGGCAGACCAAACCAAUCGCUUACAGAGAUGAUAUAUUGGUUACAAGAGAUGUUUAUAUAUAAAACCUAUAAAUCUAUACGUUGUUGUUUUGUACAGUAUUUUUCCUAUUACAUUUACUGAAUAUGUAUUUUAAAGGCACAACAGAUCCAGAAUAUUAAUAAAGAUUACAAUAGAAA